AUGCUUCUAGCCGGGCUGUGCGAGCAGCUGUGCCCUUCUAUGGCUGCCCGACUCCCCCCGUCCGUGUACCCCGUAGUGCAGGACUCGGAGGGUCUCUCCGAACCCAAUUUCAUCCCGCCCGGGCCAACGAGCCGACAGGUUCCCCUGGACACCCCUCUCCCUCCACCCGCCUUCAGAUGCCGCCGAGGUCCCCGGCGCGAUUACCGCGAGGCCCGGCGGCAGGAGCGACAGGGGCACGGCCGAGGGGCGAUCUGGAAAACUCUCCCGCUGCUUUGCGCCCUCAUGGCCGUCGCCCGCCUGCGGGCCGAGGAGGAACCAAGGAGCAAAUCCAAGAUCUGUGCUAAUGUUUUCUGUGGAGCUGGGCGGGAGUGUGCAAUGACUGAGAAGGGAGAGCCAACCUGCCUCUGCAUUGAGAAAUGCAAACCUCACAAGAGGCCUGUGUGUGGUAGCAAUGGCAAGACAUACCUGAACCACUGUGAGUUGCACCGUGAUGCCUGCCUCACUGGCUCCAAGAUCCAGGUGGAUUAUGAUGGCCACUGUAAAGAAAAGAAGUCUGAGAAUCCAGCUGCAAGUCCAGUGGUCUGCUACCAGUCAGACAGGGAUGAGCUUCGUCGCCGAGUCAUCCAGUGGCUGGAAGCUGAGAUCAUUCCAGAUGGAUGGUUCUCCAAAGGCAGCAACUACAGUGAAGUCCUGGACAAGUAUUUCAAGAGCUUUGAUGAUGGCGAUUCUCGCUUGGAUUCCACUGAAUUCCUGAAGUUCGUGGAGCAGAAUGAGACUGCUGUCAACAUCACCACCUACAUGGACCAGGAGACCAACAAGCUGCUCAGGGGACUCUGUGUAGAUGCCCUCAUCGAGCUGUCAGAUGAAAAUGCGGACUGGAAGCUCAGCUUCAAUGAAUUUCUCAAGUGCCUCAGUCCAUCCUUCAACCCACCAGAGAAAAAGUGUGCCCUGGAAGAUGAAAACUAUGAGGAUGGAGCAGAGACCCAGGUGGAGUGCAACCGCUGCGUCUGUGCCUGUGGGAACUGGGUGUGCACUGCAAUGACAUGCGAGGGGAAGAAUGAGAAGAUGCCUGCUCAGAGACAGCAACCUAAUCAAGAUCUGACUGAGGAGGAGCUGGCUAGAUAUGUUCAGGAACUGCAGAAGCAUCAGGAGACAGCUGAGAAGACCAAGAGAAUGAGCACCAAGGAAAUGUGAGGGGCCUCCACACUGGAGGAGCC